GGGGCAUGCAGGAUAGCGGGUUUGUGUGUCCCGGCUCACCUCUGACCCUUGACCUGGGGUUGCUUGGUGUUGGCACGAGAAGCGGAGCCUUCUGUCGCCUAGGCAAGGAAGAUGACCAGCAGAAGACCGUCUCUGAGGAGCAGAGUUUCUCUGAGCUCGUUGGAACGGGAGGCACAACUGGAGAAAGAGCCAAAAACGCAGUCAAAGUCACUGCAGCCUCGUAUUGAUGCCUUGCAAAGUUUCCCACUCAGGCGGAGUAUGUCCAAGAAAGUGGAAGAGUUUCUUCAGUGGCUUCAGACUCCAGGCCAACCAGCAAGGCACAGUAAUCGAGUUCCAAUGCCGCUGUCAGCUUUGAAAAUCCAAGAGGUCUCGUCAGAGAAAUCUCCAAGAGGUUCACCUGUCAGUGUUACACAGGACUUGCCGGUCAUUGACUGGAAGGAUUUCACUUGCAAAAGGCUCUUUCAGGGAGAAGGGAAUGACAGUGGAAACUCCAAGCCAAAGGAGCUUGAACAACCCUCCAAGGUUCAGCCUGGUGAAACCCCGAUUACAGAAUCUGAGGAGAUGAAGGUCGCAGAGAAGAGAACUCUGAGGAAGUCCCAACCGGACAGGAGAUCACCGAAAACGCCACAGACAAGAGACAGAUUUGGUCGCUGGCUGCCGAAGGUUUCCUCUGGCAAAGGGUCACCUAGGAAAGAUCAGAGGGAUAGAAAUCCCAAAGGCAAGCAGGACAGCAAUGUGAAGUGCAAAGCAAAUAAAAAAAGCUCAUCAGUAAAGCAGACCGAAGAACCAGACACAGAACUAAAAAGGAUGAAGGAACAACAAAACUGCGUUCAAAGGAGAUCAUUGCGUCUUGCCAAUCUGCAUUCCAGUAAAGAGAAGGCGUGCUUGCUUGACCACAUUGAACAUCGUCAUCUUGAAUGCAAUAACAUUAAUACAGAGGAAAGCAUGGACACGGGUUGCGAGCCAGAUGUAGCUGACUCAAGUGAGAUGCAGCAGGUGCCAGACCAUCGUAGCAGUGUUGAAGAGGGCAUUGAAACCAGGAAGGUUAUACAAGCAAUUGUGAAAGAGGUCAAUGAAGAGAGUGAAAUUUUGGAGCGACCGCCUUGCGACACUAGCUCCUUGUCUGAGCCAGGGUGUUUGUCAGUAAAGGAUACAUGUGGAAGUUCUGCACAAAGUAACAGUGACUCAGUACAGAAACAGGACAUUGGGAUUAUAACACCUAAACCAGGCUUGGUCGAUAAAGAAGUGCAGACAGUGACUCCGAAACCUUUUGUACUGGCUGUAGAAGAAUUAAAGACUGAAGACCUAAAAAUGCAAGCAAAGAUGUUUGUGGAAGAGCCCUCCCCAGAGGAAUUGCAGUGUGAUGUUGUUAAAGAAAGCCCACCGUUUAAACAAGCCCACCGGAAUCUCGGGAACGGAAUGGAAUUCGGAGCUCUGAAGAUAGAGGAAGACACCAGUGCAGAAGGUCAGAUAAUGGGUGAAAGAACCAGACGGAAAGUGACGAGGAGGAAACCAGAAAGUGACGAGGCGGAGAUACCAGAAGCCAAUGAGAAAGUUAAAGGAGCGAAUGGCCAGGCUGAGGCGGUUGCUGCAAAUCUCCAUCAGGAAGCAGAGGCUCAGUAUGUGGAGAAAAACAAGGAAACCCCCAAAUCAGCAUUACAGCUGAUUGUGAGCAACCUGAAUUCUUCAAAGAAUUUUGCUGAGCUGCAGAUUGCUAUUAUCACAUUCUUCAAGGAGAGAAAGCUGUUGGUCACAUCCAUUGGCGUGAAGAAAUCGAGAAAACGUGGCUUCGUAACCUUCCUGUCUGGCAAGGACACAAGCCGAGCGCUGAAAUACAACGGGGAAGAUUUGCUGGGCCGUGCCCUGCGGAUACGCAGACCCCUGCAGAUUCCGAAGCCGGUAGCCGUUGUCAAGGGUAGGAAACGAAAGCUUAAGGAUGCUGACGGGGAGGCCUCGAUUCUGUGCCCGGCAAAGAAAAGCAACAUUCAGAAAACAACCACAUUGACUAAGAAAAACAAGCAGGAGCCAGUGUCUCUGAUAAAAAGAAGGAAGAAAAAACGAGAACAAACUGAGAAAACAGAGGAGGUGGAAGUAUCUGCACGUCAGAAGAUGAAGAAAAGACAUCGGGAGAUAAUUUCUUCCUCGGAAGCUGCUUCGACUGAGCAAGGUGGAGAAGUUGUGGAAGGCGCCACUGAAACCUCACUUCGCCAGCUGAAGAAACGGAAACGCAGAAAGUCAGCUUUAAGUGAGGAAAGCAAAGGUGACAAGCUGGAGGACAAGGUGUCGACGAAGGAAAAGAAGAAAAGUACAGAAAAACCUGCUUUUAGUGAAGGAACAGAAGGGAACGCUGCUUCUCUGCCUCAGAAGAAGAAGAAAAAGAAAAAGAAGAAAAGUCAGGAGAAAGAAGUUUUCUUAAGUGACAAGCGAGCAGAGGAGGAAGAGGAGGAGGAGAAGGUUGCCUCUGUGCUGCAAAAGAAAAAGAAGAAAAGUAAGGAAAAACCGGCUUUAAGUGAGAAAACAAUGGUGGAGGAGCACACUGCCUGUGCAAAGAAGACGAAACGUAAAAAGGCACAAGAGAAAACUUCCUGGUGUCUCUACAUCCAGAAGUUGAGGUCCCAGAAUACACCAUGUGAGCUGAAGACGGCCAUUGGCGAUUUUCUAAGCGAGAGGUCGGUUCCCUUCAAAGAGAUUCAACUGGAUCCUGACAGCUGCUCCGCUCGUGUUGAACUGAACCGUGAGGGCGACCUGAAUGAAGCUGUGCAGCUUGACACUUGCAAAAUUCUCGGACAAACGGCAAAAUUAAGCAAGGUGGAGAAACUGGGAGCUCUGGACGGCAGAAUUGAUUCUAGGACACUCCAUGUGAAAACCCUUCCAAGUGAAGUCUGCGCAAAGGACCUUAAACAUUUAUUUGAGAGAGUCGCUGGUGUAUGGAUAUGUCAGAACGUUGACAAAAGGUUUGCUUUUGUCGUGUUUGAGACAGAAGAAGACGCAGCAAAUGCGCUAAGUAACAGUGAAAUAGAAUGCAGAGGAAACCUACUCCGACUACAGCGUGCAUGUCUGACGAAACAAAAGAAAAGGAAAAUUCUCAUGGUGAAAAACCUGCCUUACCCAAUCAGUAAAAAAUAUCUAAGAUCUAUAUUUAAUGAUGCCGAGGAUGUCCACGUGUCGAAAGGCAGCCAGUCACAAGGAACUGCCUAUGUGGAGUACAAGACGGUGAAACGAGCCAAAACUGCUCUGAAGGACUUCCGAAGCAGAGGUGUUCCAGGCCAGGCAGUUCGAGUCUCUUCGAUAGAGGAAGGGCAAGAGAGCCCAGGAUGCCAAUCGGAAGGUUCUGAUUCCACCAGAUCCCUGUUUAUAUGGGGUCUGUCAAACCAAACAACAGUCGAAACGUUAAAAUCAACCUUCAAGGAGGCCGUGGAUGCCAGGAUACCACGGAAAAUGGGAAAGAGGUGAACCCAGAUCCCACAGGAUCCCAGACCUUCAGGAAAAGCCAGCAAGCAAACAAAAUGUUCUCCUAUCAGUUUCCAAAGCCAAAUGUUGCGGUUCUAUCGAUUUGGCCCGAGAUUGUUGGCUUUUACAUACAACUGUUUUGACAGCCUGAAUUUUUUCUCUUCCCCCAAGACCACUUGUAUUUUAUAUCAAGAUGUAACCUGAGAUUGUUCAUCUGUACCUGCUGGUAAUUUAGUUUGUUCCCAGUUUUUUUAUUUUCCUCUUAAGAUUUGCCUGUGUCCCGAAUAUCCCCCAUUCAAUUCCGGUGUUGUCCCCGUCAGCCUUUAAACUUUACCAUAUUGCUGUGUCUUACACUGACCGUUAGGGAGCAGCAGAUGACAGCGUUGAACAAGGGGCUGGCUAGGGUUAUAAGGAAAGAUGAAGACAGAAAUUGCUGGAAAAGCUCAGCUGGCCUGAGCCUCAGAACUUCUGAGGAAGGGUCACUGGACCCGAAAUUCUGAUUUCACUGCCCAGACGCUGCCAGAUCUCUGAGCUUUUCUGGAAAUUCCUGUUUUAGUUUCUGAUUUCCAGCAUCCGCAGUUCUUUCGAUUUUUACUUAGUUUCUUUCAGGUCUAGCCAGACUGUGCUUUUACUCGGUCCUUGUUGAUUUCAGUUUUAAUCUCUGUACUGGGUGUCAGUAACUAAAUAAAAAGGAACAGUGCUGAUUUUAA